CCACUCAUUGCCAGUGUCAAAGAAAUUCUGCAGCUAGGAGACGGAACUUCAAAAGAUGACGUCUCCCAUAUUUAGAAUUUUGAGGAAGACGAAGUGAAACGGUGUUGGAAUGGAGAGAAGUUUGUUUUUAUUUAUUAGUUACACGAUAGGAUUAUCUGUCGCUGGUGCUUUUGAUAUUCCUCAAGAAUGCCUCGUGUCCUCUGAAUGGGAGGGACAAUGGGACGCCGCCACCAACAUGGAAAUAAGUUUCUGGGUUCCACUGUCAGGUGACGAAGCGAACAGUUCCACUGCUCUCCUUUCGGUGAAGCUUAGUACAGAUAGAAAGGAAACCGAUAACAACGCUUUUAUCGAAUUCCGGAAGCCGUAUAUCCCUACGACGUAUUCCGGGGAUAAGGGUGUAAAUGGAAUUCCGCAGACCCAUGGGGUGGAAGUGUCCUCAGAAGGGUGGACGGACCUGUUCUUGGCGUCUGGUGACGGGAUGCGCGUUUUAGACGCGGAGGGGAAAGAGAUGUUGUCACUGAAUGAAUCUCUUCAGCCUAGUAGUACCCUAGUCGUCGUCCGUGGCCACUUCGUGACGGUGAAUUGCAGAAAACCUCUCAAAGUUUGGUCCCUUGCGGCAGACAACGGCACCUCCAGUGUGCCGCUCUUUUCCAAAGAUCACCUGUGGUCUCGUCUCACGCUGUAUUCUGAAGCCCCGUCGACUCCCAGGCUGCGUUUGUCAGAGGAUUCGAACACCUUCCUCCUGGGCUGGAAUGGGACAUCGGUCUGCGCAGUGUCGGAAGAGGAAUUCGGUGAUGGCUACAUUCCCUUACCUCCUUCGGCCCAGCAUAAUCUCACGAUUAGCUGUAGAAAAGAAGCGGUUGCCGUGUUUUGUGAUGUUCUGAGUGGUACCGAAGGAAGGAGUAUUUGGUCUGUACAGCUGAUCUCCAUUCCAGGGAGUCUGACUGUCCAAGCAAGCUCAGGAGAACAUCUGUAUGUACUUCUUCAUCGCAGGGUACCACUCAGCCUUCAGGAGGGAUUGAAAGGUGGCAGCAGGAGGGAAAAGACAGCAGGACAGAUCGUUGCUCUGGUCAUAAUCGGGCUGGUGUUUGUCUCGAUCACCCUGCUGGUGGUCGUGUCGAGCCUUCAGCACGACAGGAUUAUGGGAUUAACAGAGAAGCGCCCAUCGUUCGCCGACAUCUUUCCAGUGGAUGAGGAAUCAGAGUCAUCCGAGCAGGAGGAAUCUGAGAGUCCGCUGUUGCCACCUCGAGGUUCAGUAAUAAUGGAAGAACAGACUCUGUGGGAAGCUGUGGAAAAGGACGACUUGGAAGCUGUCAAACACUUGCUGGAGGAAGGCUGCCACCCGGACGACCUCGAGGGAGACCGCAUCUCCUCGCCCUUCAUGGACGCCCACCUCCUGGGGAGGAGGGAGGUUGUCGAUGUCUUCGCCUCCUUCAAAGGAGAGAAGUAUACGACGGCUCAAGACGAUCUCGUCAAGUCCGUUAUGUAUGAACUAGAACGGAACAUGAAGGAGAUUUUCCUCGCUGCAGAGGUUGGGAUGUACACGCACGAGCAAGGUGUCAAGGCCUUGUUGAAGGCCUACAGUCUUCCAGCGACCAUCUGCGACAGCCACGGACGUUCCCUGCUGCACUAUAUGGUCUCCGUCACGGCCAUGGAUGGCGUUCCUCCGUGGCAGCCGAAGGACAUGAGGAGUUUCUUCUCCUCUCACGAGUUCGUCGCUAACGCCGUCGACCAUCGAGGUAGGACAGCGCUGCACGAAUUGUCCCAGCAUCCGAGGACAGUGGAGACAGACGUCAUCUGGGACGGCAAAGAGUGGACAUUACCUGAGGCUUGGUUGGCCUUGGCUCGUCUUCUUGUGUCUAAUGGCUGUGACCCGAGGAUACCUGAUCACAGGGGGCGACGUCCUCAGGAGUUGGCGCAGGAAGCAGGGAAUGUGGAAUUAGUGCAUUACCUUGAAGAAAAAUGCUUAGAACUGGACAACAGUGAUCCUGCAAACGGCAUAGAUCACUUCGAUGAUUUGGUCAAUGCAGCGAGACAAGGGGACACCUGUCGCCUGCAGGGGCUUCUGAAAAGGACUCCCCUACUGCCAGUGAGUGCUCGAGAAGAUCCGCUAGUCGAGGCCAUUCGUCACCACCAGAGGGACGCCAUGUUUAUGCUUCUUGCAGCCGGAGCUCCGAUAGCCAACAGAUCUGUGGGAGAAGUCACGCCGCUGGAAGCUGCUCAUAAUACGCUUGGUUUGGCUGCUUGUUUCCCUGCAGUGCUAAGAAAAGUUUUCUGUGAAAGAAUGGAAGACGAAAUUUCAAGAGUUUCCCAGGAGGACGAAACACUAAAACCACUUCGCCAAAGUAUGACAGCCUAUAACUUGCAAGUUAUGGAUGUAGGUAGCAAAGCCAGGUGGAUAUUCCAGGAAAAGGACGAAGUCACACGACCCCAAGAGAGGCCAGGCGUUUGCUUUUUGCAGGCAUCAGCACUAGGGUUGUCCAUAAGUUGCCAGCUGCUUGGUCUGGAAAAUUAUUCUCUCCAUCCUCUACCAGGCGAACCUAACCCUUCCAAAAGGCUUAUGAAGAUCUUUGCAACCUACUACACCAUUCCACAAUUACCACAUGAUACUGCACUGCUCAUCAAAAACGAGGAAAACGAACAAACACAAGCUUAUGAAACUGUCAAACGGAGAGGAACGAUUUUAAACAUUUCUUCAAUUUCUAACUUAUUUCAGAAGUCGAAAGCUAAGUGCUGCAUGGAAAUGGAUACAGAAGAUAUUAAGCGCUUUAUCCAGACAGAAAUCCACAGUUUAGAAAAACUGCUGAAUGAAUCUGGAUGCCAAGGUACAAUCAUUCCAUUGGAUCAUUCCAUGAGGGUUUUUUGUAAUACUUUUCUUAACACAUUUCUCCAAAAUGUUCUCGAUAUUCUGAUAGAAAAUUUACGCCAGGAUCACCUUUACAUAUCUCUAGUGCCUCCUUUCACCAAUCGAGCACCUGAUGGAACCCUACCAAAACUGUGGCACACUCUGGCCCUCGGACUUGAGUUGCUUCCUGAAAGAGGGAUGAGGUCUCUUUUCCUAUCAGAACUUGCUGAAUCUCAAGAGUGGGACAAACACCAGCUGCCCGAGAGGUUGGUCUCGGUCUUAACUCGCGCAUGCAAACGGGACUUGAGGGAGAAGUUGGUUCCUAAGGAAUACAUCAAUUCUUUCGUCACCCCUAGACAUUUCUGCUGCAGAGCCAAAGAAUCAGUUUGUGGCGUCUUGCAGUAUCUCGAGGAGCUCCCAGAGGUCGAACAGCAAGUUCAAGACAAGGUGGUUACAUUCGCAGAGCCGUGAAUGUUUUUCUUAUGCUUCCUCCUGCAAUACAGAUGAGGCGCCUUUGUAACUUACCAAUGUGUUUGGUAGCCACUGGAUCUCUGUGAACUUAAGAAAUAAAGCGAAGAUGGGGAAAAGUAAGGACAGGAUUGGUUUGAAACAUGUCAUAGAAGAUACUUAACGUGACCAUGUAGCCUAUUCACACUUAACCAAGGGAGAUUACCUGUCACA